CCCGGCUCCCUCUCGGUCUCCCCCGUUGUUGUCCGUGAGCCCCUCCCGCCUCCGGCGGCGCACGGAGCGCCUCAGGCCUGAGCGGCAAGUGCUUCUCCGUUCGAACGGGGGUUCUGCCUCUCAGGUGACGUGCAGAGAAAUAAAGUAGGUGAUAAAACGUGUUGACGGUGUGUAUAGGAAAGGGGCUGGAACAGGGCAUGCAUGUUAAACAUGGAGGAAGAAGAGGAAGACUACAUGUCUGAUUUAUUUAUUAAACAGGAUGUAAGACCAGGUUUGCCCAUGGUGAGGCGGGUGAAGGAAGCUAUUCAGAAAGAAGAAAAGCAAAAAGAAGCCAACGAGAAGAACAGACAAAAGAGUAUAAAAGAAGAAGAAAAGGAGAGACGUGACUUGGUACUGAAAAGUGCUUUGGGUAGUGAGAACAAAGGCUUUGCUUUGCUCCAGAAGAUGGGCUACAAGAGCGGCCAGGCCCUUGGCAAAAGUGGAGAAGGCAUUGUGGAACCUAUUCCUCUGAACAUCAAAACAGGCAGAAGUGGGAUUGGUCAUGAGGAAUUAAAAAAGAGAAAAGCUGAAGAAAAACUGGAAAACUAUAGACAGAAACUCCAUAUGAAAAAGCAAGCAAAUGAACAAGCUGCAGAUCAGUUCAGAAUAAGAUUUAAAAACAAACAAGAAGAACGUAAGAUGGAAGGGGACCUCCGAAAAAGCCAGAGGGCCUGCCAGCAAUUAGACAUGCAAAAAGAUAUUGAUGUUCCUAAGGAGACUUGGUACUGGCUAGAACCCGAAGAGGAAGACAAAAAUGAUGAGGAAGACCAGGAAGAUGAAUGCACAACCUCAGACUUAAGUGUAUCAGAAAAGCUGCACAUCCUGACUACCUAUUUGAGAGAACACCACUUUUACUGCAUUUGGUGUGGCACAACCUAUGAAGACUCUGAAGAUUUAUCUUCAAACUGCCCUGGAGACACUGCUGCAGAUCAUGACUAAUGCCCUUCUAAAGGAAGAACCCUUAGAUAAGUAAAAUCGCAAGUGAUUGCUUGCAGGAGCCUGCUGCCCUGGUCUGCAGCUGAUGGGUGUGAAUGGUGAUAUGACCCUGAUGAGCUUCUCAAUGUCAGGAAGGCAAAACACUAAGGAAAAGACACAACCCAAGUCUUGCUGUUGCUUCUGACGUGUACCAGUAUUUCAUCGGUUUUAAGAGACAUCAAACUCUGGAUUUAAACACAGUCUAAAAGCUUUUUCAGAGGGCAUUUACUGAGUUUUUCGCCUGCCUUUAUUAACAGACUCUAAAAGUUGAAGUAUUUGAGAUGCAGAGUAUCUUCGUGAAGGGUCUCUUGAAAGCAUCUUUUUGAUUAUGGGUGCCUGUAUAAAGAAAUAAAUGUCAGUAAAUCAUUUUUAAUCAGUAAAUAAACUAAUUGAAAUAAUGUAUUAAAAUCCCAUACCAUUGCUGGAAAUAGGUUGGUGAAGCUCGUUGGAAGUUUACCAUCUCUAACAUAAGGCCAUACCUGAGAUUCGUUAAAAAAAAACAGGUUUAGGAUGUUUUCAUUUAUUAUAUUUUGCAUCUCACUUUAUGACUCAUAUAGGUUGCUGAAGUAAUUAGGAAAAUGCAAAUGUACAAAAAAGGUAGGGCUUCAGAAAGCCCUUUCUUUUCAGAAAGAAAGUAACUGAAAAGUUUGAAAGGCUUUUUAUAUCUAAUUCUACCUUGGUUUUAUGUUUGUCCCUUUUUAAGUUUAAAGUUUCACAUGCUACAACAAUGUGUUUCUUCCAGCAGUCCUCUACCUCAGAACCAUUAUCCUUCUUAACUUAAAAGCAGUGGGUUUAUAGCCUCUUACCACAAAAAAAAAAAAAAGAAACCAAACCAAAAUGCACGAACCAGUAUUUCUUUACUUUGGAUUUUUCCUUAGGUUUCCUGCUUUGGAUGUUACCAUUAGCCUAGUAGGUUUGUUUCCUCCCUUUUACCUUCAGUACCACUUAGUGCUUUAGUUCAAAGCAGCGAACAUUGAAAGCAUUGCUAAUUACAUGCUUUCAACUUCUGUGGUUUCUAUCCACAUGAUGUAGCUUUCAAGGUAAACAGAACAGUCCACAUCAUCCAUUUGCUGUUAACUGGUGUAAUUUUUGCCUAAAGAUGUCAGUCCUGUUGUAGCACACAGCUAUGCGUCCUGAAUUAUUAGCCAGUCUUAUAGAUGCUACAGCCUGGCUUAGUUAUAAGACCAGUAUCCAGUAAAAAAAGAGCUCCCAUGAACUUAGAGCUUUAGGCCUGCUCUUCAGCUUUAGGCCUGUGAGCCUACCUGCAGGUGAGCAGCAGCUGAAUGAGUUACUUAGUUCAUAAUCAUUAGCUUUGCUUUUGCAUGAUGUUCUUUGAUCAGGGCUUGCCAGCAACGUACAACAGAGUUUAUCAUGCUCCAUUAAGGGAAAUUGUUCUCUAGCUGAUGGAGCAGUUGAAGACCAUCCUAGGACUUUCCAUCCACAUGACUUCCCCAUCUACCUAUAGACACAGGAUUUUUAUGCUUCAAAGAAACAAGACUAAAUAAUUGGUCUUGCUUGCCCUUUCACUUCUAACACCAUGGAACUGUGAACACUUUAGCAUGGUCAGCUGUUAGGAGCAAGAUGGCUUAGAAAAUGCCACAAGGUAGCUGAAGAGACCCAAGUUGAAGCUGUGGGUCAAGCAGACACAUUGGUAUGGUUUUCUCAUGAUGGCAAAAGGACCAAGCUAACUGUUCAAGAGCUUCUGGGUCCAACUGUGUACGUAUAUCUUGCAAUUACUUUUGAUGACAUUCUCAGCAGCUGCAUCACUGACUGACAAAUACAAAGGUUUGAGCGUACAAGCCAUUACACUCAUAAUGUGCAAAGUACCAAGAAAGUGCAAGAGACACGUAAAAGAUCCCUUUUCAGAAAAAGCUUAAGUAACACUGGCAUUCUUUUUGAAGUAGCAUCUUGUUUUUUUUUUGCUAGACAUUAUUCUUUAGCAUGCUCAGGCUUUAAUGUGUAUGUCAGUAAGACGUAAGUGAAACAAAACCAGUAGUAUUUCUUUACUUUGGUUGUUACAUUUCAACAGAGGUGUGAGGACCUAUGUGCCUUACAGAAAUUAAUCAAGGGGAAAAUGUAAAUAAAAACAGUGUUACAGAUACACAGAUUGCUUCUAGCAUGCUGUUAGCAUGUGAUACCAGCAGCAAGGCAAAAUAAUGACAGCAAGACUUCUUUUAAAGAUUACAUACCUGAGCUUUCUCAUGACUACUGAAUGCCGAAAGAAUCUCAAACCAAAUUAACCCCAAUGCAUAAAUAUCUACUUCUGUUCCAUAUCCACUCUGAAACUACAAAGAUCAGAACAAGAAUAAUGCAGUCAAAUCCAACUGGACAGCACUCUUCAAACAAUUUUUGAAGACAGUAAGAAAUUCCCACCCCAAGACUUCAGGACUGGCCAUACUGGUCAUUACCCCUUCCUCCUACAACUAUUUUAUCACAUCAAUGCAAGGGCAUUCCUUACAGCACACAGUGUCAGGAGAGCAACAGAAAAUCACCACAUUUGCAGACAGCUUUCUCCAGAAUGCUGUUAUGCUCAUGUACAGUUACACAAGGGAACUUCAGGCAACCUUGUUUAAUACCGAGAUUAGGAUCAAGAACAUCCAAUGCUGACUUUAUAAUGCAAAUCUAGUUACAGAGACACUAAUAUAGCAGGAUAACUACCUGUUCUGGUGCCAUAUAUGAUUUUGUUCCUGCGUUCUCAGUCAGAUUCUCACAUGUCACAGAAGUCACAAGACCAAAGUCGCCUAUUUUUAUUUUAUUGUCAUCUGAUACGAAUAUAUUCUGAGGCUAUAUGUAAAAAAAAUGAAAAAAAUCACUAUAUGACCAAGGUUUAUUGUCAAGUAUAAUCAGCCAUAGAAGUGCUCCCCAUAAAAUGUUACAAUUGUUCACAGAAUUUAGCAUUAAGAAAUUGAUGGGGUAGGAAGCAGAGAAAAAAUGCAAUUAAAGUUUUAAAAACAGAAACUCAAUUUAAAAUAGUACAUGACACAAUAACUGCAAUGGGCUGUUUUUUUUCCCACUAGCUCAGUCAUAACUAUGCCAUGCUUUAAUGUUCUUCAAGUACAUUGUGCAUAUAGCAUUUCAUAUCCAGAAAUGUUUCUUAGUCUCCAGUCCUAGCCCUGGAAUUUGAUGCAAUGGCAAAGCAUUUAGGGUCACAUUGAAUUCCACUCAAAUCCUAGUUUCUUCUAGGCACAGCAGCAUUGUCUGUACACAGACAAUCGCAGUGUUGGAGCUUACUACAGGCAUCUCACAGUAUCAUUCAUAAGUUUCCACUGAACUUAUUUCAAUAUAAAGAUUGUGCAUUUGUAGAGACUAAAGUCCUAUCCAAAAAAGCAGCAUUGAAAUGUUUGCACAUGUAAUGAAAGAGCAACUGGAAUAUGUUGUUACCAAACACAUGUAUUAGGAUAAACUAUCCCUUUACAAGAUGGCAAGAGCAAACCUCCUAGACUCAACUUUUUCACUUUCUUACUUUUAAUUAUUUUAUCAGUAAAGUUAGUAUUUAUUUUUCCAGUAGGCAGUCUGGUGACCCAGUAACUCAUAAUACACUGAAAAUGCUUGUUAACUGAUGGCUGCAGAUUUUUUUAACUACUGCAUUCUGAGAUCCUCCAGUUUACCUUCUGAUUUGAGGAUGAAGUCAAGCCAGUUACUGAAAAACCAACUCCUAGCAAUAUCAGAAGAGGCACACUAAUAGGGUACAUAACAUGCUAAAAGAUUAGAACUGUUUAACAUUUUAGGAAAUUCCAAAGAAUACUAUUUUUAUCUUUUUUAUUAUUACCUAUCCUACUUACCUUGAGGUCUCGAUGAAUUAAGCCUUUUGAAUGAAUAUAUUCUACUCCUUCCAGUAUUUGUAAAAAUGUGGUUUGUGCCAUCUCAUGAUACUUUCGGUCUUGUCUAUUCUUUUCAAUCCAGUUUUCCAACGGCCCUUGUUCACAUAAUUCCAUUUGAAUGAAAAGACAGAGAACUCCUUUGUCUGACAUAUGCCUGCAAAAGGAAAUUUUACACCGUACUGAAUCUGGCAAGAUACAAUUCAUCUCAAGCCAUCAAUAAGUCUCAGAUUCCUCUUCUUUAAGAAGUUUUGUUAAUUACUGGUUUUGGAGUUCUCCAAACCAAGGUCUGCAAGCCUUUUGCUUUUGAAAAAGAUUCUAGACCAAUUUGUACUAGCUACAAAUAAAUAGAAUUGCAAACCAAA